AUGGAGAGUAGCGAUCAAUCGAAUAAGAAACGGUUAGAAGUCGUGGAUUCUGGGUCAUUAGACGAAACAUGUAAGACAUUUGUGUUUCAUAAUGAGGACCACACUUUGGGAAAUUCUCUGAGGUAUAUGAUCAUGAAGAACCCCGGUGUUCAAUUCUGUGGCUACAGUGUUCCUCAUCCGUCAGAAAACAAAAUUAACUUCAGAAUUCAAACUCACGGCGACGAAAGUACGGAGGUGUUGAAGAAAGGACUAAAGGAUCUCAACAGUGUUUGUGAGCACGUGCUGGAGACCUUUCAAUCUAGUGUUCAGGAAUAUAAACGACGCAAUUUCUCAUCAGAUGUUGAAAUGGCUGAUGCUUGA